CACAGGGGGUGGCGUCACUGGCGUCAGUGUUUAGGAAAUUUGCUCAAGUUUCGUAGCAGAUUUAGAACAUGUUGCUAGCUAGCUAAAAUGCUUGCAAUGAAUGUACCAUAUUUGCGACGUUCUCCAAUAAUUUUUUUAACUGCACCAUUAACAGCCACACGUGUUUCACCAACCUUGCAUUUUGCUCAAUAUACCAAGGUUGGACGGGUGAAGAAGCUGAAGCGAUCAGGCAACGGAACGACGGAGUCAUCCUCUUCUCCAGUGUGUCCAGAACUGCUGGCCCGAAUCGCCAAAAACAAGCAAGCAGCGUUGGAGAAACUGUGCGCAAGUAACACACCGGAUGAAUUUGGGGAGAGUUGGCGAAAGAGUUUGGUCUCUGAGUUUGGAAAGCCUUAUUUCAAAAACUUGAUGUCUUUCGUUGAUGGAGAGAGGAAACUGAACACUGUCUACCCACCCCCUCAGCAUGUUUUCACCUGGACACAGAUGUGUGACAUCCACGAUGUCAAGGUUGUAGUCCUCGGUCAGGACCCAUAUCACGGUUCAAACCAAGCCCAUGGAUUAUGCUUCAGUGUGCAGAGACCUAUCCCACCUCCACCCAGCUUGUUGAAUAUGUACAAAGAAUUGGCGUCUGAUAUAGAGGGCUUCCAGCACCCUGGACAUGGAGAUUUAACUGGAUGGGCUAAACAAGACCAAGCCCUGCCCCCUGCCACUCAAGGAGCGCAGUUGUUUUUGCUCGACCACGAGACCACUUGCUUGAUCCAGUCUGCAUGGUCAAUGCCGCACAUGGCACAAGAUGUUGAUAACGAUGCUGAUUUCCACUUUGCGUCUUAAUAUAUUCCACAAGCGUAAUAUAAUUACACAAUUAGUUUGUAUCAUACUGUCUGCAACUUCUUAGAAAGUUGUGGCUAAAAUUAAUCGUUUUAGCCUCUAAUGCUAAUUGCUAGUUAGCUAGCUAAUAAAUGUACUGAGUCAGAGCAAACGUAGUUAGCUAAUAUAGCUUGAUUCCAUUGAUUGUGUAGGCCUAAAUCAACAUGUUUGUGCAACAGUAUCUUCUAAAUUAAAGAGUUAUAUGCAAAGCGUGAAUGCUAUUUAAAAUGUGUAUUCGCGGAUCGCAACCAACAAAGGUGCAUGCACCGCCACCUACUGUACUGGAGUGUGAAGCCUGUUAUGGCCCCUCCAUUCAUCUAUUUCUCUGAUCAAGCCCUUUGGUUCCGCCUACUGUUAAUGAGUGUGAAUUCAUUACACUUUGUGAAACAAAGGGGAAAAGUAUGGGGAAAAUAAAUUGCUCUACACCCAUUAAAACCUCACCACUAUUCCACUAAUUGUCCCUAUCGGAUGCUACACCAGGCUGGCAGCCUGGGAGGUUGGGACACUAUCAUUCAACACACUUUGUAACUCCUCUGCAGUAAAAUCUUGUCCAACGAAGUACUUCCCUGCAGCUGCCCCCACAACAUCUAUAUUCUGUGGUUGACAUUCCAUUUCUGCAGGACAGUUAAUAACCAUGGCUAUGAAUGCAAAGAAGCCAAUCUUACUGAAGUACAUGUUAUUUCUAUUACUCUCCAUUGGCCUCCGCUUACUCUCAGGGAACCUGUUAGGAUCACUCGCCCUGGACCCAUCUUCCUGUACUACUCCCUUCACAGCCUCAACAUAAGACACCUUCUGUACUACUCUGACCCAGUCAACCUCGACCUGCCUUUCUUUCACCGGACUUCUGAUCUCCAGCAACAUUAACACACACAGCUUUUUCCACCGAUAUUACACAUUCCUUUGUCUCAUGCCCUCCUGCACACUUCUCUAGGAAUCUCCCUCCUACACACUGCUGCGACAUGACCAUAAGCUUGGCACCUACAACACUUUGAUCGGUUCGGGACAAAAGCUCUCACAGGAUAACUGACACAUCCUAACUUGACUUUGUCGUGUAAGGACUGCAUCAAAAUUCAGCAGGACAGACCGUGUCUUCUGUUUCACCACGCUCUCCACCGGGUGUGCUUCGCACUAAAUGGUGGUCGUCACAGACACCAGGAAUGUUCCAUUUCAGUUGAUCCUCAACACUUAACGCGAUUCCACUUAUCACUCCUUUUAGCGAUGCCCUGCUCUUUUCCCGUGGUGCGGAGCGCCCGGUCCUUCUGGACGGACAACACACAAAAAAGCAUUGAGUCCACUUCAAGGUACUUUCACAGAUUCAACAGUCCCCAAACUCUUCUCCACCCAACCUGACACCACAUAUGGAUCAGCCAGAAGACAAGGAUCCAUUCUCUUAAAAUCUCACUCACUGGGCCACAAUGAUCUUUAUCAUCAUUGGGACAAGGCUCGACCUCGACGGUCUUCACCACACCUGCCACCGCAGGUAAUUCAUUCUCUCUCGUCAGGUAAGAUUUCUGAGCUACUCGAGUACGUUUUUUUGCUUUUUGUACUUGAUGUCAAUCUUCUUCACCAUACCGCUUCCUUCUCCACUCCUUUCCUUCUUCCUCGCUGUCCAUUUCCACAUCUCCAUGCUCUUUCCGGUCCUUCAUCCGCUGUAGUAGAAAACUGUUGAAAUGGUUCUUGAAAUUUGUCGCCAUGUCACGUCCGCAUGAAUAGAAGUAGCAACGAAAAAAACAUUUAAUGUAGUCAAAGAUUAUAGGGUGCCCAAUGAAACACUGACCAACACAUUGGUUACUACACUGUCACAAUAACUCCUCAUUCUAUUUCCAUUCCAACAGUUCACCCAAGGGUUUUGAUGUAAAUUGCUAGUCAAAUUGCAAUUGCAAUAUUUAGUUAAAACUAAGGUCUAGAUUGUUUGGUCCAUAUCAUGCAAACCAAUGUGGAAAUGAUCUCAAAUGAGUGCAGGAAAUGCAGAAAUGGUUGAAAAUGCUGAAUUAUUUUUGGUUCAAGUUUGUUUUACACUGUUCAAAUCAAUCAUAAUGGAGAAAGCCCCAUUGACAUCUCUUAGAAUGUAUGUGUUGCCACCUUAGGGUCAUGCACUACUCAUAAAGGAAAUGUAGAACUUUUUAUUAUUCCAAAACAUCAAAUACCGUCCCAAUUUGUUGUGAUAUGAUAUUUUGGCAAUAUACGCCAGCCCUAAGUUUGGCACCCCUGGUCUAGCAAGUUUGGCUAUAGACAUACAGUAUAAAUAUCAUAGACUCCUGGUGCAAUAUCUUAGGACUGUCAUGAAUGCAGGCACUAUUCAGGAUAAUGCAGAUAAUCAGAACAAGUAUAUUGAAGUAUGGAUUGGGCAUUGAUGAACUUCAAUGCCUUGAUGUGCAGUUAUCAGGAGCCAACUGGCGCAAUGCUUCUCU